CAAGAGUAAGAAUCGAAGUGGAAAUGAACAAGAGGACCUUGUAUUUGAGCCAGUGCCAAGGUGUUUGGACCUUAAAGGAAAUGUUAAACAAGUCGCUUGCGGUCUGGAUCACAGCAUAAUAUUGACCGAUCAGAAUGUUCUUUACGCAAUGGGCUGGGGUGCCGACGGCCAAUUAGGCAAUGGAAGUACUUCAGACAAAGACGUUCCAACAAUAAUUCCUUUGCUCUCGGGCAAGCCGGUGAAAAAGAUUGCUUCGUCCACCGAUUUUACAUUCGCGUUGCUGGAUAAUGGCGAAUUGUGGUCAUGGGGUAAUUCUGAAUAUGGUCAAUGCAUGACUGGAAAGAAAGUUGGAAAG